AUGCCUUUUCAUGCCCGGAAUGCGUACUAUUUGCGAAUAUCCCAAAAGCAUGUUCUCCCUCUGUAUGUAUACCUGGAUGAACGUCACUUGGACUGGAUGUCCGACGUGGUACUCCAGCAUGUUAUUGCCGACUUGAGACCCAGGAUUUUAGAGAAAUUACGGAUGGAAUCCGACAACAAGAAGUCAACAGGUGGCAAAGGUGCCGUCGACACGCACCGCGGCGACAAUUACCAAUUCUGUUAUUUCCUUAGAAAGACAGAGCCUCAUUCUGUCAUCAUGAAGAAUCGCCUUUUCAAAGCUGCUCCUCCUCAACAAAAGGUGACGGGGCCUCCUAGUGUGCCGCAACCAAAGGCUGCUCAGAAGUCACGUCGUAGAAAACGCGCUGAGACGUCUCCCCCACACUCUCAGGACCCGCCUAUCGAGAAACAGCGCAGCAAACGCGUUAAACCAACAAUACCUCCUGAAGGCCUGACUAUGGAUUUACCCGAUGAAAGCGACCACGACGAUCGGGACGCAGGGGAUUACCGUCCAUCUUCGGACAGCUCGGAUGAAGAUCUGAUCCCGACGAAUAGAAUGGCAAAGCGCAAGAAGCUCAAGCCCGCCAAACACAAACGAGACGACCCUAUGGAUGAAGACGAGGCAGACCCGGUUCAAGCUGAACCUGAAGUUACCCUUGCUGUUGAAGGGGAUGAAGAGAAGCCGAAGCCAAUACUAGACCUCAAAUAUCGUGGAUUCACUAUUUUCGGGCUUUGUCUAUGUGUAGUGGUUGAGCCUUGGCCCCACUUCCAAUAUUCCAUGGCUGGGUGUGCUCCUUCCAUAGCACCCGUCUUCCAGCGGCAGAACGAAACAUUAGCUGGACCAUCCUCACUACGACAAGGCACGCCUUUGUUUUUGCCCGAUGAUCCAGAGCAAGAUGAGAUCACCCCUCAAACCCGAGAACCACGGCCUCACCCACUAUUCAGUGAGAUGACAUCCUUCGACGAUGAUGAGGAUGAUAAUGGCGGUGGGGGGAUGAUGGCGUUUAGUCAAGUGCUAACUUCCACUGGCGAAUAUCGAGGUGGAAUCGACGACGACGAGAACAUGGCAGACGUAUUAUUUGGAGAUGCGGAUGAGCAGAGGGAAAUAUGA